GUUCAGAAACGGCCCUAGAAGUACCCGAGUAGUGAGCUCGGGUCUGAAGCCCUAUCCAAUAGCAUGGCCGUCUCUUGCUCCCUCUUCCAGCCCUCGCAUUCUCCGCCACCGCCCCUCCCUCUCAGCCCAGCUCUCCCCAUCCUCCACGCGCAAUCUCUCCACCUCCGCCCGCCUCACGCCUCCCGCCCGCUUUUCCCCUCCCUACCCACCCGCCGCCCGCGACGCUUCUCCGCCCAGGGCAACGGAGGCGCCUCCGAGAUUCUCGAGGAGUCGGAGGCCGACGAGGAGAGAAAUAAGCCACAAAGAGAGGUCGAGAAUGGCGGGGAGAAGAAGAAAGCGCCCACCGACGCAUCCGUCGCGGAGGAGCUCAAGGAGGUGAUGGCGGCCCGAAGGAAGGAAUCGUCUUCAUCGUCGGAUUUUUGGGUAGGUGUGGCGGAGGAAGUGAAGGAGAUCGAGUGGCCGCCGUUCGGAAAGGUCGUGGGCACAACCGGAGUCGUCCUCGCCGUCAUCGCCGGCUCCAGCGUCGCCCUUCUCACCGUCAACGCCAUCCUCGCCGAGAUCUCCGACAAGGUGUUCGCCGGAAAAGGUAUCCAGGACUUCUUCUAAAGAAUGUUCCAGAAAGUGCGAUUCCCUUCCCUGCCAAUUUCGCCGAUGGAUGCCCAAUAUAUGUAAAACAAAGAUCACUGGUAACCGUAUUAAUAUUUGCAAUAAAUUUCCAAAAAAUAAGAACCGAA